AUGCGAGCCGUCACCGUCGCCAUCACCUUCGUCGACGGCGCCGCUCCUCUCCGCGCCGUGCUGCAAGUAUGUGCGCCGCCGGCCCGACCAUCGCCUCCCUCCCCUUCUCGCACCGUCGCCGGCCGCCGAUGCAUCGCCACCGCGAGACCGUGGCGGCCGCCGCUACGCGCAACGCCGCACACGCCACCCGACACCGCACGGAGGCUGGUCGUCCGCGCCACACGCCGCCACCCACCACCGCUCGACGCCGCACACCAAGUGCUCGACGGAAUGCGGCGACGAGGGCGAGGACGGCUGCCGCCCUCACCCUCCACGGCCCUGCGCCGCCCCCGCGCCGCCCUCACCCUCCACGGCCGGAGCCUCACGCGCGCGCCGCCGAGCCGUGCCCCGCCCCGCGCCGCCCUCACCCUCCACGGCCGAGCCUCCGCGCGCGCCGCCGGGCCGUGCCCCGCCCGCGCCUCGGGCCGCUGCUCGCCUCGCCACGACGCCGACCGCGAGCAUGGACAAUUGCAGCUGCCCCGUGACGCGCCUCGCCGCUGCCUCGGGCCGCCGCCCUCGACGCCGCCCCGUGCCGUGUCUCUCUAG